CGUCGGAGGCUUAAACACCAGCUGGAGCUUCGGCGGCAAGUCUGCGUUCGCGUCGGGCUCGUUUUGCGACCAGUUUUUGAGUUGCAUCGCUUAUUUUUCUGGGGAGCUCGCCUUGCUUCGGGACUAUUUGCACGGAUAUUUCAUUUUAUAUCUUGUUGGUCUCUAUAUAUUGACUGCCUUCCCGGUUUGGGAUCCUUCCUUGGAAGAAAACGGAGUCUCUCUGUGGCUGUGCUUCAGGAUUUUACUGCCUUGUUUUUACGCCACUGUGGAUUAUAAUUGCAACAUGACCUUGGAGGAGUUGGUCCCUUGCGACAAUACCGAGAAGAAAAUGAAAUCCGUCUGCGAAGCUGUGGAGCAACUCUUGGUGGCGGCCCAGAGGCAGGGCUGCCUGACUGUCGGGGUCUACGAAUCGGCCAAACUCAUGAAUGUGGAUCCAGACAGCGUGGUCCUGUGCCUCCUGGCGGUGGACGAGGAGGAGGAAGCGGAAGAAAUUGCUCUCCAGAUCCACUUCACGCUCAUCCAGGCUUUCUGCUGCGACAACGACAUCAACAUCUUAAGGGUGUCCGGCAUGGAGCGCCUGGCCGCCCUGCUGGAGGGGGACACGCCGGCCGGCACCCCCAACACCAACGCCGAGCCUCGGGACCUGCACUGCCUCCUCGUGACGAACCCGCACACUGACUGCUGGAAAAGCCAAGGUCUGGCCGAAGUCGCCAGUUACUGCGAAGAAAGCCGAGGAAACAACCAGUGGGUCCCUUACGUAGCGCUGCAGGCGCGCUGAGGCGCCCGGCCCCCGCUUCCUUGUUUUUUUUCACCAAAGUGGAACAAACAAAAGAAGGCGGCUUGAAAAGGGGAAUGUUCGAUAUGUGUGGUGUUUUUGUGUUUUUUAAACCGAGGGGGGGAAAAUUAAAGAACACCGAUCCCGUCAGAACGAGAGUGUGGUGGUGUCAGCGUCGGAUGACUCAGUGGAAUGGGAGGUGAACACAUGAAGGUCCGGAUGCUGCAGGAGGAGGAGGAGGCUGAAGCCGGUGGUGGCUGCAUCAGCUGACUGCCGGGAGAGAAGACUGGAGAGGUUGCCAGGGCAGGCCGGAAAGAAGGGGCCUGCAGGCUGGAGGGGGCUCCUCAUGCCACGUGGGGGACAUGGCACAGCCAGAGAGGUGUACUUUUCCGUGGCUUCACCAAAACCGCAAGAUUAGCUCCCCGGCUGUCUUUUCUCCGGAUGCCUUGCACGCGUGUCUCACGGGAGGCCAAGCAAGGAGAGAACAGACGGUGGAGGAAGCCAGGGAGUGGUGUCCCUCUGGCCAAAGGAGACUCUGAACUGGAGGAGAGAGAACUCUCCAGAGUCCGUUGUCUUAUGCCAAGAGCAAGAGGGAAGAAAAGAAAGGACAGAUGGACUUAACAAAAGACAGUAGCAAACAGACUUUUAAAAAAAACUGGCUGGGUUGCAUUUGAAGAUGCCAUUUCUCCGGAUAAAACCACACGCAGCCUGACAUGCAAAUAUUUUCUCUUUUUCUUGCACUCUGAAAAAAAAAAUAGAGACUCAACUAUAUUCUUAUACUUGUUUUGGAAAUGGCAAUAAAGAAAAUUAUAUUCUGAAAGUAAAA